AUGGCGGACGAAUUCUUGAUGGCCAACGUCGUGUUCACGAAGUGGUCAAGCACCCUUUUGGCUGAUAUCGAGAAGCAGCCGAUGAUUGCAGCAGGGGCUUCGCGCCUGUGGUUCUUCAACGCGGGCGCCGACUCCGCGAAGGACCCCAACAACAAAGCAUCUGCGUGGCGCAUGAAGGCAACGCCGGACGAGGGCCACAUCAACCAUAUGGUCAACAUCGUGGCGUCGUUCAUCAAUGAGUCAGAUUCCGCCGUGAUCGUCAGCGGCCGCAACAAGCUAUUCCAUCGUGACGCAAAGAAGAUGGUGAUGCAAUGCAAGCCCAAGCUCGCGGUCAAGGAGUUGGAGACGCUGCCAGACGAGGGCGAGGUGUCGCAACGCCUCCGCGUCGAGAGCAGCGUAGUUGGCACCGUGGACCUCACCGACCAGUGCCUGCACAUCAUGAAGACCAAGCGCGCCAUGGACACGGAAAAAGGAAUCCCUCGGCGAUUCGUCCCAGGGAACACGGCAUUCCGGACAAUGGCUGGCAUUCCCGUGGUCUCCAAGGACAGCAUGGUAAAGGUAUCGUAUUCCGACCGCGAGGCAGUCUUCAAGCACGCGUGCGGCUCGGAGACGUGGACUCCUGGGGCGAAGGCGGCCAAGGGCCAGGACCUGUCCGACGAUGACGACGACGAGGCACCUGACGAUACAGCAGUUGACCCCCUGGAGGCGAUCAACGGCGGCACUGCCACAUUAGUCGUCCUGUUCUGGAUGGAGCUGCACAUGAGGGCCGGGGCCCGCGCGCUGAUCAAUUUCACUCCGGGGGCUGGGCAUAUGAUCAAGGCGGCGUUCAUGCUCAGUGUGAAAUCGAUAGUCGUGUGUCAUAACGAAGCCCACGUCAAAGUGCUGAGCGACGUCUUGCGCGCGCAUCUGCUCGACGAGAUCCAGAAAUCCGGGCCCGCAUUAAGCAGGUUCCUCCCAGCGGACCAAGACGAGCGCCUGGAGAAGUGCAAGCCUGGGCGCCUCAAGCUGUACGAGAUGCAGCGGAAGCGGAGCGCUGGCGACUCAGACCUCAUCAGCCCCGAGGCGAAGAGGACUGCGCUUGGGUCCUCAGUCGACGCGAUGCUGGCAAGCUUGGAGGGCACGCCGACCCCGAAGGCCAAGGCAAAGGCCAGGGCCAAGGGCAGCGAGACCCCCGAGGCCGCAGCAGGAAACAGCCCUGCUGCUGGAGCUGAGGGAUCCGCUGGGGAGGCGGGGAAGGUGAAAGGCAAGGCGGAUGCCUCGUCUGAUGUAGCAGGCCCAGCGGAGGACUUGCAGGCCUUGCUGGCACAGUGGUCUAAUAAGUAG